AUGCCGUCUACUCACAACGUCGAUAAACCGUGGGAUACGGAAGAUAUCGAUAAAUGGAAGAUUGAUGAAUUUAAACCUGAAGACAACAAGGGAGGCGCCUUUCUACAAGAAUCAGACUUCAAAGUUCUUUUCCCAAGAUAUCGCGAACAGUACCUCCGUGAAGCAUGGCCAUUGAUCACCCGAACCCUUGCGAAAAGUGGAAUAAACGCGAUUCUCGAUGUGGUGGAAGGUAGCAUGACAGUGAAGACAACCAGGAAAACUUUUGAUCCAGCAGCAAUAUUAAACGCUCGGGAUCUUAUCAAAUUGUUGGCGAGAUCAGUACCUGCGCCUCAGGCGAUCAAAAUUCUUGAGGACGAUGUCGCGUGCGAUAUAAUUAAAAUCGGGUCGUUAGUACCAAACCGGCAAAAAUUCGCAAAACGGCGGCAAAGAAUGGUCGGGCCUAAUGGAUCAACAUUGAAGGCCCUGGAACUUCUCACCGGGUGCUACAUUCUGGUUCAGGGAACGACGGUCAGUGCCAUGGGCGGUUAUAAAGGCCUGAAGGAGAUCAGACGCGUGGUUGAGGAUUGCAUGAAGAACAUUCAUCCAAUUUACCACAUUAAGGAACUUAUGAUCAAACGGGAGCUUGCGAAGGACCCUGCAUUAGCGAAUGAAAGCUGGGACCGAUUUCUUCCUCAAUUCAAGAAAAAGACGCUCUCCAAACGACGGAAGCCAUUCAAAGUCACAGACAAGUCUAGGAAGGUUUACACGCCCUUCCCACCAGCCCAAGAGAAAUCCAAGGUCGAUCUUCAGAUCGAAUCCGGAGAAUACUUUCUUUCCAAACCUCAGAAAGAGCAGGCGGCAGCUGAAAAGAAGGAAGAAGCGCAACGUGAAAAGAAGGAACAGAGACAGAAGGAACGGGAACAAGACUUCGUGCCGCCAGAAGAAAUCAACUUCAAAGAAAAGAAAUCGAAAAAGCGGAAAGAUGGCGGCGAUGACGCGAGCGGCAAGGAGCGAAAGUCAAAGAAGGAUAAGAAAAAGAAGCAAAAGGACGAUGGCGAUGUGGAUAUGUCGGACGGCUGA